CCAAGCUUGCCUUCACAUUUGCGCAACGACAACAAUAAUAAUCCGAAGUACCGACACAUUGUCUUUUGUUUGGGAUUUCCAUAUUCCGUUUUGCCAAAUGGCUGCAAUUGACUUGGCGACAUCGCAUGAUAACAAACCAUAAUCUUGGUAAUCUGAGGGCAAGGAAAGAAACUGACUCCCAGUUCCCGACAUAGCCUUUUUAAGGCACACCCUCCACGAGCCAUUCACAAGAAAUAACUGCGACGCCACCAUUCGCAGCUCAGCUUGACAAAACCCGACGCAUUCCCCUCCGCCUCCAUGUGCACAGCAGCCGAGGCUCACUCCCAACCACAUUUGCAUCUCGAUCCUUAGCCUUUGGCGCUCAGCCAAGGCUAGCCUCCAGAUCAUAUUUGCGAUAUCCGCGGUAGCAGAGCAGGAACUCCAAGAUGGGAAUCCCCGCUGCUUUCCGGUGGUUGUCCACCAAAUACCCCAAGAUCAUCUCCCCCGUCGUGGAGGAUCAGCCUAUGGUGAUGGAUGACGGAACCGUCAUCCCGGUUGAUACCACCCGUACCAAUCCAAAUGGAGAGGAGUUCGACAACCUUUACUUAGACAUGAAUGGCAUCGUGCACCCUUGCUCCCAUCCAGAGGAUAGGCCUGCUCCGAAGGAUGAGGAGGAGAUGAUGGUGGAGAUUUUCAAGUACACUGAACGUGUUGUCAACAUGGUGCGACCCCGCAAGUUGCUCAUGAUUGCCGUUGAUGGUGUUGCUCCGCGUGCGAAGAUGAACCAGCAGCGAUCGAGGCGCUUCCGAGCUGCCCAAGAAGCCAAGGAGAAAGAAGACGAUAAAAUCCAGCUUCUGCAACUGCUCAAGCAGCAGAAUGGUGGAGUUUUGAAGCAGGAAUCGAUCGAGACUGUUACCAAGAAGGCUUUCGACUCGAAUUCCAUCACUCCGGGAACACCGUUCAUGGAUAUCCUAGCUUCGAGUCUCAGAUACUGGUGUGCCUACAAACUCAAUACGGAUCCUGCGUGGGCCAAGAUGAAAGUCAUUAUUUCCGACGCCACGGUUCCUGGGGAGGGCGAGCAUAAGAUUAUGGAGUUUGUCCGCUCGCAACGCUCUUCCCCUGAACAUGACCCAAAUACUCGCCACGUCAUAUAUGGCCUGGAUGCUGACCUGAUCAUGCUGGGGCUGGCUACUCACGAGCCACAUUUCCGUGUCCUCCGUGAAGACGUCUUUGCCCAGGAAGGGAAAGUGAGGAUGUGCAAACUCUGUGGCCAGAAGGGUCACGAUGAAAGGGCUUGCAAGGGCGAGGCAAAGGAGAAAGACGGAGAGUUCGAUGAGAAAGAUAAGGCACACCCUCUCAAGCCUUUUAUCUGGCUUCACGUCUCUGUCCUUCGCGAAUAUCUGGCCGUUGAACUGGACGUCCCCGGCCUUCCCUUCCGUUUCGACCUUGAGAGAGCUAUUGAUGACUGGGUCUUUAUGUGCUUCUUUGUCGGUAAUGAUUUCCUGCCACAUCUACCCUCCCUGGAAAUUCGCGAGAACGGGAUCGACACUCUGAUGGCCAUCUGGAAAGACAAUCUGCCCCACAUGGGGGGCUAUGUCACCAAGGAUGGCCAUGUCGACCUUGAGAGGGCCCAGUAUAUCAUGAAUGGCCUCGCGAAGCAGGAAGACGCCAUCUUCAAGCGGAGGAAGGAGACGGAAGACAGAAGAGAAGCCGGUUUCAAGCGGCGGAAGCUUCAGCAGCAAAACAACUCGCGAGGAGGCUACGGGGGCAAUGGUAGAGGUCAAUAUCGGAAUCCUGAGAGCAACGGUCCACCAGCAGGACUUGCUCUGCACCCUAUUUCCAGUUUCCCGAGCGACCUGCCGAAGGCCAUCACGCACGACAUGGUGGUAAACCGUGGAUCCGUACAGCAAGCCAACGUGGCCAACAAGAGCGCAGCCAGUGUCCUCAAAAGCCAGAUACAGGGCCUGAUGGCCGAGGCCAGCAAGCCUGCCGCGGCGAGUGAGGAUCCAAACUCAAGCCCCCAAACUCCAGCGUCGGCAUUAGGGAAGCGCAAAGCUUCCUUGCUAGAGGCGGAGGGUGAUGCGAGCACUCCCGGGACAAGCACUCCAGAGCCCAACACGUCCAACACGCCCAACACGCCCUCCGCCGGCACCGAGGAGGCGCCGGUUGAUAGUGUGAGACUCUGGGAAGAAGGCUACGCCGACCGAUACUACCAGCAAAAAUUCCACGUCGAUCCCAAGGACAUUGAGUUUCGUCACAAAGUUGCUCGUGCCUACGUUGAAGGCUUGGCCUGGGUCCUCAGGUAUUACUUCCAGGGCUGCCCUUCGUGGGAAUGGUACUACCCGUACCACUAUGCGCCGUUCGCCGCCGACUUUGUUGAUCUGGGGAAGAUGACGAUAAACUUCGAAAAGGGAAGGAUAUCGCGGCCAUUCGAGCAGCUUAUGAGCGUGUUGCCGGCCGCCUCCCGGCAUUCGCUCCCCGAGGUCUUCCACGAGCUGAUGACCGAGGAAGAUAGCGAGAUCAUUGACUUCUAUCCGGAAGACUUCGAGGUCGAUCUCAACGGGAAGAAAAUGGCGUGGCAAGGAGUUGCGCUCUUGCCUUUCAUUGACAUGCCUCGCUUGUUGGCGGCGGUGGAGGGGAAGUAUCCGCUUCUAAGUCCCGAGGACCAGGCUCGCAACGCGAUGGGCAAAGAUGUGCUCCUAUUGUCAGACGCACACCCGCUCCUCUAUGACGAGAUCACGUCCAACUUCUACUCCAAAAAACAAGGCGGCACCAGUUUCAAAUUAAACCCGAGGGCAAGCGAUGGCCUGGCGGGGAAGGUCGAGAAGGUAGAGGGGUACUUGCCCCACGGCUCACUCGUAUAUCCCCUUCAGCGCAAUGCGAUGCCGGAUGUCGAGUAUGACCGGUCUCUGAGCGUGCACUACGAGUUCCCGAGUACCUCCCACGUACACAAAUCGAUGCUGUUGCGCGGGCUGAAGCUCCCACCUCCGGUCCUGGACAGGACCGACAUUGAGGUUGUCAAGGGCAAGGCACAGCGGGGAGGGCGAAGCUACGGCGGGGCGCCUCUGGGCCGAAGCAACUACCACAACGGUGGGCGGCAGCAGCCAAUCAACUACGGGCCGGGAAGCUACGGGCCGGGAAGCCACGGCCCACGCCAUGGGCGUCCAGACCGCGGAUCCUACGGCCCGCCGUCCAAUGGGUAUAAUAAUCCUCAAGCCUCGUACGGUGGGCCGCCUCCGAACUGGCAACCCCCGGCUCCUGGGCUUCCUGGUUUCGGGACGGGUGUUCCGCCGCCCCCACCACCGGCUCAUGUUUACGGAGGCGACCGGUACGGCAACACUCAAGGCCAGGGCUACGGGCAAGGUUACGGUAGUCAGUACGGGGCGCCACCACCCCCUCCGCGAGGGAAUUACCCGCCCAGAGGGCAACAGUAUCACCCGCCUCCAGGCCAGGACAGACGGGACUACCGGUCGCAUGGGGGCGAUAGGGGUCGAGAUAACCGAGGAUAUAGAUAAGUCUGGGGGGCUGGCUAUCGACGCCGUGUACGUUCCCGGGCUCUGUUGGUUUUUUGUUUCCUGUAUUUGAUGCAGAAUGUGCAUUGCGUUGGUACAAACCCUGGGGACAGGUUUGAACACAGGUUUGAACAGGGAAGAGGUGGUGGCAUACCCCCUUUGUAUGUAUUGUACAUUAUAUAGUGUACACUAUAUAACGGGAAAGAGAGAUACCUCGUCGUCAAGGGAUUUGUGGGACUUUUACCCUGACACAGUUGCAAGAGUGGCCCUUUUUGUACUGGUGCAUUGCAUGACGGAGGAGCGUGUGUCAGGGGUGUCGGGUCAGCUAGCUCUCGAGCUGUCCUCCUUUCCUUUCCGUUGCUUUCGUUGGCUUUUUCCCUCUCACCUCGUUUUCUUUUUUUCCUUUUCCUUUAUUUGCCUGUGAAGAAAAUAGUAGCAAUAGAAUUGAG